GCAGGAGAAUUGCCUGAACUGGGAGGCAGAGGUUACAGUGAGCCGAGACCAAGACCGAGCCACUGCAGUUCAACCUGGGCAACACAGCAAGGCUCUGUCGCAAAAACAAAACAAAAACAAAAACACAAAAACAUAACCCAGGUGGCCAGAUAAAAACAAAUAUUAUAAAAGGGCUGGGCGCGGUGGCUCAUGCCUGGAAUCCCAGCACUUUGGGAGGCCGAGGCGGGCAAAUCACUUGGGGCCAGGAGUUCCACAUCAGUCUGGCCAACAUGGCAAAACUCGUCUCUACAAAAAAUAGAGAAAUUAGUCAGGCGUGGUGGUGUACGCCUUUAGUCCCAGAUACUCGUGAGGCUGAUGUGGGAGGAUCUCUUGAGCCUAGGAGGCUGAAGCUGCAAUGAGCUGACAUCCCACCACUGCACUGCAGCCUUGGUGACAGAGCGAGACCCUGUCCCAAAAAUAAAGAGGUGGGGUUGGGGAUGACACUUGAACCCCAAUCUUCAGACUCCUAAGCUUUUCAGUUUUAUGACAGUGCUUCAUCUUAAGGUAAAUGGAAAGUAAAUGAAAUAAUUGUUAGAAUAUUAAUGUUUAAUAAGUUUAUUUCCCGCUGAAAUGACGUUUAUAAGGUUAUCAUAUAAGCUAUCUACCAUUAUCUAAUUUUCUUAAUUUGUGAAAUAAAAACAGUAUGUUACCAUAUACUGUUUAUAGCAUCUUGCUUUUUAAACAGAUACCCAUUUCCUGUUUUUCUCCCCUUGAUAUUUGAAGGUUUCACGUUAUUUUACUUUAAGUCUAAUUUUAUCAUUAACCAUUUGAUACAAAAAUGUGUCCUUGGCAGGGCGCAGUGGCUCACGCCUGUAAUCCCAGCACUUUGGGAGGCCGAGGUGGGUGGAUCACCUGAGGUCAGGACUUCGAGACCAGCCUGGCCAACAUGGUGAAACCCCGUCUCUACUAAUAAUACAAAAAUUAGCCGGGCGUGGUGGUGGGCGCCCUUAUUUCCAGCUGCUCCGGAGGCUAAGGCAGAACUGCUUGAACCCGGGAUGAGGUGGCAGCAGUGAGCCGAGAUUGUGCAACUGGACUCCAGCCUGGGCGAUAGAGUGAGACUCCGUCUCAAGAAACAAACAAAAAACCAAAAAUGUGCCCUGAAGUCUUCCACAUUGUAUUAUUUAAGCCUCACGUGGGGGAGUUAGCAAGGUCAGUUUACACAUGAGAUAAACUUAGUAAGGUUAAGUGCCCAGAUCCAGGCCAUACAAGCGGUCGUUCUAUAUUCUAAAUCCUAUGCUUUACCGUCUAGGCUUCUUAAAGUUAAGAAUGGGUAGUGGGUGGUAAGCUACUAUUAACCAUGUAAGAUAAAAUGAUAUUUUAAAGAUGAAGAUGUCGCAUUCUAAAAAGGUGAAAACGCGGCAAGGCACAGGAACUCUUGAUAAUACUGCAGUUUUUAAGAAACGUGGGCUGGUCUUGACGAGACCUAUAGGCAGACAGGGCUCAAACAUUCAAAAGAGCUGUAGAGUAAACUCAACUCCGGGAAAGCGCUGCACUGACUGGCAGAUUCCACACGAGACAGCGGCCUCCCACGUGUCUUUCAGGAAACAUACAAAAUUCAAGGGAUAAAGGAAGCCAAGAAGGAGUUGCGAAAAAGGAAGAAAAAAAAAAAAGCGAACAGAGCUUCCCUGGGACGUUGAGGGUGCGCGGAGGGUGCGGGAAGGCUGGGGCGGGCGGAGGGAACUCGCAGAGCAUCUGGCGGGCACCGAGGUCUGGGAACACGCCUGGAGGCAGCUCUGUUCGUGGAGAGAGCGGGCUGCCCGUGGGCCCCACCCUGUGGAGCCCCCCAGUAGAUCUGCUCCCUUGGUUCGGGUGGGCAGGGGAGGGCAGAGCGCAGAAGAGAAAAGUAGGGAAGGAGACGCUACAAGAGCCACAGGUGGGCGCGGAUUAGAGUCCGAGGUUCGAGGGCUCUGGGCUGGCCGCACCUGCGAGCCCUCCGAGACGCCGUAGCCCCGCCCCUCCGGCGCGAGGCGCCCAUGACGCUAGGCGCGCGGGCCGCUCUCCUUACAGAGGUCGCUCUUGUCCGAACGGUCGGCCUCUGCUGCGCCUGCGUGGUCGGGAGGGGAAGUGAGGCGGUUUCCUCGGCGCCUUUUCCGGCAGCGGCGGCGGCAGAACUGGGAGGAGGAGUUGGAGGCCGGAGGGAGCCCGCGCUCGGGGCGGCGGCUGGAGGCAGCGCACCGAGUUCCCGCGAGGAUCCAUGACCUGACGGGGCCCCGGAGCCGCGCUGCCUCUCGGGUGUCCUGAGUCGGUGGUGAGCCCAGUGCUCUCAGGCCGGCGGACGGGCCGGAGGGCCGCAGUCUCCCUCGCGGUGAGAGGAAGGCGGAGGAGCGGGAACCGCGGCGGCGCUCGCGCGGCGCCUGCGGGGGGAAGGGCAGUUCCGGGCCGGGCCGCGCCUCAGCAGGGCGGCGGCUCCCAGCGCAGACUCAGGGCCCGGGUGGCAGCGGCGACUGGAGGAAUCAAGUUGUGCGGCCGGUGAUGCCCGAGUGAGCAGCGGGCCUGGGCCUCUGCCCUUAGGAGGCAACUCCCACGCAGGCCGCAAAGGCGCCCUCGCGGCCGGGAGGCUUCGUUUCGGUUUCGCGGCGGCGGCGGCGGCGGCGUUGUUGGCUGAGGGGACCCGGGACACCUGAAUGCCCCCGGCCCCGGCUCCUCCGACGCGAUGGGGAAGGUGCUAUCCAAAAUCUUCGGGAACAAGGAAAUGCGGAUCCUCAUGUUGGGCCUGGACGCGGCCGGCAAGACAACAAUCCUGUACAAGUUGAAGCUGGGCCAGUCGGUGACCACCAUUCCCACUGUGGGUUUCAACGUGGAGACGGUGACUUACAAAAAUGUCAAGUUCAACGUAUGGGAUGUGGGCGGCCAGGACAAGAUCCGGCCGCUCUGGCGGCAUUACUACACUGGGACCCAGGGUCUCAUCUUCGUAGUGGACUGCGCCGACCGCGACCGCAUCGAUGAGGCUCGCCAGGAGCUGCACCGCAUUAUCAAUGACCGGGAGAUGAGGGACGCCAUAAUCCUCAUCUUCGCCAACAAGCAGGACCUGCCUGAUGCCAUGAAACCCCAUGAGAUCCAGGAGAAACUGGGCCUGACCCGGAUUCGGGACAGGAACUGGUAUGUGCAGCCCUCCUGUGCCACCUCAGGGGACGGACUCUAUGAGGGGCUCACAUGGUUAACCUCUAACUACAAAUCUUAAUGAGCAUUCUCCACCCAUCCCCUGGAAGGAGAGAAAUCAAAAACCCAUUCAUAGGAUUAUCGCCACCAUCACCUCUUUCAAUUGCCACUUUCUCUUCUUUUGAAUUUGAACUCUGGAGUUACUGUUCUACAGUUUGGGGGGGGGGAGGGGGCUUGGGGGUUUUCUCUUUUGUUUCCCUUUCUUUUUCCUUUUUUUUUUUUUUUUUGGCUUUGCGUUAGGAUGCUCUGAUCUGACAUUUGACAUGAACACAAAGUUACUAGAUGCCCUUGUUGACUUCCAGCAGAUGGGAUGGGGGAAACACAGCAGUUCUUGAUAAAGUCCUUUGUAAUAAUAGUUUGAUUUUUUUAUUUCGAGAAAAUCUUUCAUUUUCCUAUGUAUGCUUUUUUCCUUUUUUGCCCAGUUUCCUUAUCACUUGCUGUAGAUGGCUUAUUUUGCAUUCAUGCAGACUAUGUUGCAAGUCUGUUUCAUUUAGUAAACUGAAAAUUAUUGCUUAAUCAAACUGCCGUUUGUCUUUUAUAUUUAAGGCCUUUCCCCCCCUUCCUUAUGAGUUCUAACUUAGUAAUUUCAAAUGUGACCUUUUAUAUCUAAGACCAGUAUAGUAAACUUAGCCCACAGUGGCAAAUAAUGAGUAAUAUUGUAAUAUGUUCCAGUUGCACCUCAGUAUGUUAAACAGGUAAUGUAAGAAGUUCUCUGAAAUGUCAGCAAAUAAGUUCUGAAACAUACAUCAUGCAUGAGUAGGAAUAAAACCCAAGUUCUCCAUAACGUAGCUAACUUAACGCUGCAUAAAAAUAUGAAAGUGUAACCCAUGAAGGACACUUUUUCUUUCCACUGCAAAGUUAGCCACUUUGCUGUUUUUCCUCUUUUUUAAACUUUAAAAAUAGACUCUUUCCAGAAAUUGGAGCAAUAAUGGUGUUACCACACACAGAUUAAAUAUUUGUAGAUAUUUUAAGUGACUUUUGGGCAAAACUGGAAUGUAUACUUUUACCUUGUUUCAAACGCCUAAGACCAGUAAUUUAAAAAUUACUAAAAGGUUUACUUUGUUCAUUAAUAAAGCAUUUAACAAUUCAAAUUAUAUGCACCUUUUACCUAGUUGAAGAAAAUACGCAUUCCUGUUUUCACAUUAUAGCAACUGAUUAAGCUGGAGCUAUAAGUCAUUUUUUAUAGAUGAGUGAUCCACAUCUCCAUCAAUUAGAACACUGGAAAAGAUGUUUUAUAAAAGUAUUUUGUUUGUAGGAUUAACUCAUGCAAAUAAAAAAGAUAUCCUGUUGGUUCAAUAGUACACUGUCUCCUUUAAGGAAGGAAGCGUGAUGAAUGAAUGAUGUGUAGACUUGAGGGAUGACUAUUAAAGGGGACGUAGGAUGAAGAGAAAGAACCUACAGAUGACAAUGAAUGUAAACUUACUUUUCUUCAUGUGUAAGCAGUGUGCUUGCUGGUGAUACCCAGAUCCUAACAAGAUUACUUGGUUAGCUGGUUAGGACCAGUAACUGGAUUGUGACCACUAUGAUAAUAUUUUGAACCAAAUGUUAAUGCUUGAUGCAGAAUUGUAAAGCAGCAUCUGGUUCCUAUAUAGCCUUAAGGAUUAAUUUUAGUGAUCCUCAAGGAAUUAAAUAGGGAAUUUCAGAAAUGUAGACUGCAAAGGCAGUAUACAGGAAAAGGUGGAGUGGGUUUUGUUUAUGAGGGUGUCUGAAAACUAAAAUUGAGCGGGAUAUCAUGGUAUAGUUGGACAGUAUUGGUCCUUCACGCUUUGGCCAUAUUGUAUAAUGGAGCUUUUACCAAAGAUGUAUGAGAAGUGUAAGACUAUAAAAAAAAUGAACUAUUCAAAGUAAAACUCUUGACAAACAUUUUACUUAAAACAGAUGCAAAAGGGUAUUCUCAUGUAGGCUCCUGUUGGUGCAGAGGGAUUUUUUGAUUUCAAGAUACAACUAAAGUAUGAAGUUCUCAGUUUCACUUUAGUAGAAAUAGCUCUAGAAAUGAGGCUGAUAAACACAUCUAAGAACACUGGUUGCUUUCUAAAAUUUCCAAAGCUCCACCAUAAAUGUAAUUCUUAGUGUUUUAAAUGAUUGCAUUUUAAAGUAUAUAAAUAUGGGUUAUCCAAUAUCAAUGCUACAGUAACAUCCUGAAACAAAACAAGCACAAAGGUAUAAAUGCCUAAACUGGAGGAAACUUGAAACCCUCAUGUUAAAUCUUAAAUGUAGUAUUUCUAACUUGUGAAGACAGAUUGGUAGGCAGCCAUUUUUUUGUGUCUUAAAAUAACUGGGGGCAUAGUUAAAAUUUUAUACAUCAAGUGAUUGCUAUUAUUGAAUGUUGCAGGUGAGAUGUGGUUAUUUUUAGUUUAUUUGAAAUGUUCGACUGGAAAGGGGGGAGGGGGAAGCAAAUAUUUGAAAUUUGGAAAACCCUAAACCUUUUGGUAAGAAAUUGUAAUUUUCACUUAAAAUUUUCUUUAAGGAUAUAAGAGGUUUAUAAUUGAUGUAGUUAAAUUGAACAGUAACCAUUGGUGACUGGAGCAGGUAAUUAUAGCCUGCAGAAAAAAUUAUAAUCUAAGAAUUUUAAAAAUAAGAUCCUGAAGUUGUUUAAUUGCAUCGGUUUCUGUAUUUAUGUGAAUUUAUAAACUGCAGUAAGUUUUGAAUGGGUUAAUCUUGUUUAAUAUAAGUAAAUGAGUCUGUAGACUGUGAUCUCCCCAAACUAAAAAGUACAGUACUUGGAAUUGUGUUCUUUAUGGUUGUAGUGUUGGUAAAGCACUAAUAUGCAGAAAAUAAAGGAAUUACACAGUGCA